AUGCCUGCUGCAUCGCAAUCUGCCCAACAAGGUCUUGAAACCAUCGAGUAUGGUCUCUAUCCGUCGACUACGGGAGACUACCUGCGUGAUGUCGUACCCGUCUCGGUGCAUUCACACAAUGAUUACUGGCGUGAUAUUCCACUCAUCACGGCCCUCUCCUAUGGAUGCUCCUCUAUUGAGGCUGACGUUUGGCUUGUCAAUGGCACACUCUACAUCGGUCAUGAUGUCGCCUCUUUGAGGCCCAACCGUACAUUCUCGUCCCUUUACAUCAACCCGCUCGUCACCAUACUUGAUCAGAAGAAUCCAAGCAACAGCUUCACAGCAUACGCAAAGUCAAACUUCAGCUACACAGAGUCGAAUGGUGUAUUCGAUACUUCAGCUGCUUUGUCGCUCAACUUGUUGGUGGACGUCAAAACCAACGGAGCAGAAACAUGGCCCUAUGUUGUUGCCGCACUCGAGCCGCUGCGCCAACGCGGCUACCUCUCUUACGUGAACGCGUCAGAUACGAAUGUGAAUUCCCGGCAAGUGACAGUCAUUGGUACUGGCAACACGCCUCUCAACUAUCUCCUCGCUCGCCCAAACCGAGACUAUUUCUUCGAUGCACCUCUUGCUGCUCUCAAUAGUACAUUCAAGCCGACCCUGUCGCCUCUCGCAAGUAUGUCCUUCCGCGCCAAUAUCGGUUGGACAGGUGUCCAGGCCAUCACCAGUGCUCAGGAAACAAAGAUGAAACAAUAUAUUGACCAGGCACGCUCAAUGGGCCUCAAAUCGCGCAUGUGGGAGAGUCCCUUGCGGCCGGUCUUUGCAAGAAACGCUGUUUGGCUGAAGCAGAUUCAAUUGGGCCUUGACUACUUGAAUGCAGACGAUCUCGAGGCUGCUUCUGGGAUAUAG